UACGCGAUCCUCGGAGUGGCGCGUGACGCGCCCCUCUCCGACAUAAGGCGCGCGUUCCGGCGACAGGCGAUGCGGUGGCACCCAGAUCGCUGCGCGUCACUGCCAGAGCUCGAGAGGCUGUCGGCCGAGCUGAUAUUCAAGCAGGUCACCCUCGCGCACGAGGUACUCACGGACGAGGCGAAGCGGCGCAAGUACGACGCGGGC